CGGCUGUGCCAAGCCACCGGGUGUUUGUGUCGAGUGAGCUUGAUCCACGGACAAUUUAGCAUUCACGAUGCAUACUGUUGAGAUUACGCCACGGCGGAGUCCUUCUUAUGCCUUGCAACUAUUCUGCUCCCCCCACUUGCUACGUCCGUGCUUGUUCUAGUCGGGCUAUCCAUCGUUUCUGAACAAUGGAUGAGAGUGCCUAGAGGACGUUGCCUCGUCAGCCGACGUCGAUCAUGCCCCAUUUCUGACUGGGCUGGAGAUGCCCUAAAACAAGCUAUGUCGGUUCGACGGUAGUCUAUUGCAUUCAGCCGGCGCUAGCACGGUAUUUUGGAUGCUCUCCUGCCUGGGCCGGGGGUGCUGAACAAUGCUCCUCGCCCCAUUCGACGGGUUAGACAGGGUGCACUAUGGGCAUUGCGUCAGCUAGAAGCCGCGGCACUCCUUGUUCGAUAUGGAUGCCACCAAGGUCAACGGGGUAUAAAUCCAGCUUUGCGCUCGAGAGUUUCUGGCGGAUCAUCAAGACAUUAUCUCCUCCCAUUCCCUCCACACCAAUCGUGUAUUAGUACCAAUUCUCAAUCAUGGUUCAACUCGCUUCUACCCUCGUCGCUGGCCUGGCUGGCCUUGCCAGCGUCGUCUCUGCCCAUCCGGGCCACGACGUCAAGGCCGAGGCCGCUGAGCGCGCUACUUUCCUGAAGAACGCUCCUCUCCGCUCUCGUAGCCUGGACCAGUGUGCUACCAAGCUGCGUGCUCGCGGACAGGAGCAGCGCAACGUCGCCCGUCGUGAGCAGGCCGUCAAGAACCUACGCCGCAGCAUGGGCCUGCAGUCCCGCUCCCACUUCCUCAAGGCCAGAGACCUCGACACCGUCCUCAACACCACCCACCACUCCACCCAGGAUGUCAACCUCUCCACGGACCCCGAGGUCCUCUUCGCCUCCGAGGCCACCUGCAUCCUCGCCCCGGAUGUCACCCAGGGACCCUACUACGUGUCCGGCGAGCUGAUCCGCAACAACAUCAUUGAGGACCAGGCGGGUGUUCCUCUCUACCUGGACAUCCAGCUGAUCGACACCAACACCUGUGAGCCUGUUCCCCAGGUCUACCUGGACUUCUGGCACUGCAACGCCACCGGUGUCUACUCGGGCGUGACUGCUAGUGGAAACGGCGACAGCAGCGACGAAACUAACCUCGACGCAACUUUCCUCCGCGGCCUCCAAAAGACUAACAACGAGGGUAUCGUCCAGUUCCAGACCAUCUUCCCCGGUCACUAUACCGGCCGUGCUACCCACAUCCACGUGCUCACCCACCCGGCCAACGAGACCUCCGUUUUGCCCAACGGAACCAUCACCGGCCUGUACAACACCAAGACCUCGCACGUGGGCCAGAUCUUCUUCGACCAGGACCUCAUCUCCGUCGUCGAAGAGACCGCCCCUUACUCCACCAACACCCAGGAACUGACCACCAACGCUGAGGACUCCAUUCUCGCCGAGGAGGCCGACACCAUUGACCCCUUCGUCGAGUACGUUUUCCUCGGUGACGAUGUCUCGGAGGGUAUCUUUGGCUGGAUCUCCGUUGGUAUUGAUGCCUCUGAGAGCAGCUCUGUUACCGCUGCUGCGUACCUGACUGAGGAUGGUGGUGUUGAGAAUGAGAACGCUGGUAUGGGUAUGGGUGGUGGUGGCGGUGCUCCUCCCAGUGGUUCUGGAGCUCCUUCUGGUGCUAUGCCUUCGGCUAGUGCCUCUGCUUAA